AUGAGCCAGGAUUGUUUUCGCCUUGAGGGGGAGGGAGUGACUAAAACACGGGAGGAUUCUCUUGUAUUAUUUGAUGAUGGCGAUGUUGCUGAUGCGCUAGGAGAAUAUGAAAAUUGUUUGGUAGGCAGAUUCCUCACGGAUAAGCCUAUCCAUAAGGGUUCUCUUCAGAGUGCACUUGGAAAUAUUUGGUGCAACCCCAGAGACUUUCGGGUGGAAGAGAUAAGCAACAAGGUCUUUUUGUUUCAUUUGGGUGAUGAGAAGGACGCUAGGCGAAUUAUCCAAGGUUCCCCGUGGGUCUUUCGAAAUUCCUGGCUACUAAUACAACCGUGGAGUUGUCAUGUCGAGCCAGUGGAUAUGGUCUUUGAUUCUGUGGCAGUAUGGGUUCAAUUUUGGGGCCUGCCUUUGCACUGCCGCACCAUUAAAAUGGGGACUAAGAUUGGAUCUUCCAUUGGUGAAGUCCUUGACGUGGACUUAUUUGAGCUCCCUGAUAGGAAGGUUAUUGUGAAGGCCAUGGUUGAAAUUGAUGUCUCAAAACCUUUACUUGAAGGGAUCAAUGGAGGAAGCCACAAGGAUGGAGUGUUCUGGAUCGACUUUAAAUAUGAAAAAUUACCACAGUUCUGCUUCAUUUGUGGGAUAAUUGGCCAUGGUGAUCAAUUCUGUCCAACGGGUGUGGCGGCAGAUCAUGUAACCUCUGCGUCCAGUAGGAAAUAUGGGCACGCAUGCGUGCCUCCACGGUUGGUCGUCGACUGUCCUCGAGGAGUCUCUCGAAGGGAACGGGGUCUAGAGUGGCGGAUCUCCGGACGGUGA